AUGGCGUGCGCAUCGCGGACGCGGAAGUCCCGCGUGCGGAGGAACUUGAGGAGCACCACGUCGGCGCGCUCGUCGGCCGGGGCGGGGGCAGCGUCGUCCGCCACGGCGGGAGGAGAGUGGGGGUUCAGUGGGACGCCCCAAAUGGAAAUGGGGUCUGGGUGGGUGGCGAGCAGCACCUUGAGGUCGGCGAGCGCACUGAGCUCAGACGACGGGAGCGCGGCGGCGACGUACGAGUCCUCCUUGAAGGAGGGGGAGCGGAGCAGCGCGGUGGCGUCCAUGAGCGAGGACAUGAGGCUGCGCUUGGAGGCCGGGGCUGCCACGGGGCUGAGAGCUGCGGCAUCAUCAUCACUCCCUCCGCCACAACGUUUUGUGGCAGAACAAAUGUAA